UAGUUUUCUGGAAGUGAAUGCCGCAAGUCAGUCGGUGUUGAAAGUGUUGAUCAACAGAAAAGGAGGUAAAUACCUAGUCAAGUUAAGCAAGGUCAGCUUAGUUCCCGGUAUUAUACUUUAUUUUUGUGUAGCAAUUUUCUUCUGGCCAAUGUCAAUCGAUAGGGAAGCCACAAGAGAGUUCCAUCGAUGAACACUGAUUUAGGAGGAAGCCAAACAAGAACUCCGGGGUGCAGUGGAGAUUUGCACGGCUGAGCUGUGCGAGCUAGUGGUGCCUAACGGAAUUCAGCUGAGGUAUACUCAUCUCCCCAAGAUGUUAGAAGAUUCAGGGGGAGACAGUUUGAAGACUGGCAAAGCCGGUUACCUGUACCAUCGGCCAGGCGGAGCUUUAGGACGACUAAAAAAAAAGCGUUUUUGGUUUGUGGUAGACCCCCUGAAGUGCCAUCUGGUCUUUCAUAAGUCAAGUAGCGAGCAGUCAAACCCAAUAGCUGCCGUGGACAUCAAAGAUGCGUGCAUCUCACUGCUUCUUGAACACACCAAUCAGUUCCUCAUUUCGACAGGAGGCAAGGAGCAUAUACUGACAGCAGAAAGCCAUGAAAUAAUGAUGCAGUGGCUGAAGGCAUUGCAGGAUACUAGAGAUUUGUUCACUCAGGGUAAACUAACCCGGCACACAAGAUCCUGGAAGCCACGGAACAAUGCACCAGGGUUACCAAAACAUUUACAGAAGUGGGCACAAUCUAAAGGACUUGUAACGCAUUCGGUGUCUAAGCGAAGGAAUUACACAGACAAGGGUGAACCGCUUGUCUCUGGCUCAGACAGAUUUAACUCAUCAGCAAAGGAGACAACUAAUACGAAGGUGAAUGCGAUUCCCACAGUGGCCUCAUCUCCGGAUGUGAAAGACGGAAGCCAUUCAUCUUUGUGCAGUACACCAUCAUCAUUAUCAAUCCCGCGAUCUAGCUUCAGUAGCAACCUCUCAGCUCCAUCACUGGACACCGAUGAUGAUGCCAGUAUAUCACUAGCCAUGUCUACCACAAGCACGGAUACUUUAUCGUUGUGUACCACUAGCACGGAAGUCAGUGAUAUAGACAUUUAUACAGAGUCGGGGGAAAAGAUUGAUAGAGAAUACCUGUUGGCAUUAGACAAGGAAGAGCUUGUGUUAAGAGUCUUACAAAUGGAGAAGGAAUUAAGGAUGUCACGGAAAGAGCUGAGCAAGAUCAAAGACCGUGAGUCGGCCUAUAAACAAAUGUGCCAACAACGUGAAAAAUAUAUCAUGUCAUUAGAUGAACAAUUAUCAAGGUAUCAUGAAGAGGAUAUGCAGCAUGUACAUACAGGAUCUCCUGGCGGUAACCUAGAAGCAGCUAAACAGCGUAUCCAAGAUAGUGAGGACACGUGUCGGAUGUAUCAAGAGCAGAACGUCUUCCUUAACAAUGAAGUUCAGAAACAGUCUGCGCUUCGAAAACUAGACAAAGAAAAAAUUCACAAACAAAAGCGAUGUAUUCAAGCGCUUGAAACAGAACUGCUUCAGACCAAGAUUGAUUUUGUGUGUAUGCUGAGGGACAGUUUGGUAGUGACGUCAUUGGAUACCAAAGAUAAAUCACAAAUCAGGUUACAUCCUGAAAGUCAGAAAUGGAAAAGGUUUCAGCAAGUGUAUGGUGAAGCCAAAAUGAUGUGUGAUGACUUGGUAGAUUUUAAAACAAUGAUGCAAGAAGGCUUUGUGGAUAGCUACGGGUUUGUGAAUUAUCCAGAUAACCAACCAAUGCUAGUACAACAACUAUGUAACAAAAUGUGCACACAGUUUAAAUCACAGAUAAAGGAAGAAAGACAAGUUCUGCUACAAUGGGAGAAGUACUUUGAAACACAUGGAAACCAAGUUAUUGUAACGGAUGAGUUGAGAACUCUUGUUAGACGAGGUAUACCAUCAGAGAUCCGUGGCGAUGUGUGGACUAAACUGGUACUUAACCGAGUAAAACACGUACAACACGAAAAGGGCAAUGACUAUUAUAUCAGUUUAUGCAAUCGGAUUGACAUGGCUUCUGAAGUGGAAAAGUAUCGUAGACAAAUCAACUUGGAUCUUCUGAGAACAAUGCCUUUCAACAUUCAUUUUGAAAAGAAGAAAUCAGAUGGGAUUUGUCGGUUAGAGGAAGUUCUGAAGGCCUUUUGUAUUCAUAAUCCAUCAGUGGGCUACUGUCAGGGAAUGAACUUCAUCACAUCUGUUAGUCUAUUGUUCAUGGAUGAAGAAACUGCAUUUUGGAGUUUAGUGGCAAUUGUUGAGAACUGUUUCCCUUCUAACUACUUUGACAUCAGUUUGAUAGGCGCCCAGGCCGAUCAGAGCGUGCUAAAAGAGUUGCUUCAAAUCAAACUGCCUCGACUACAUGCGCAUCUGGAAGAUAUUGGCAUAGAAAUGUGCUCUUUUACUCUAAACUGGUUCCUUGGUAUAUUCUAUGACAUCAUACCAUUUGAGGUGAUGCUUAGAGUUUGGGACUGCUUCCUACUCGAUGGACUUGAGGCGCUGUUCCGUUUCGCCGUCGGUCUUCUACAAAUGCACGAGUUGUCGCUAUUGGAGAAGGACGACACUUUGUCUAUCAUGAAGGAUAUGCGACACCUGGCAAAGGUUACGUAUGAUGCUGACACACUUAUGAAGAUUGCUUAUGUCGACUUGGAACCAUUCCCAAGUAUGAGCUGCAUCAUCGAGAAGCAGAACCACUACAUAAAGAUCCUUCGCGAUGUGUAUGUCCAGCAACAGAAAGCGCGUGAAGAGUUCGACCGGCAGGAAGGUCUUCAGAAAGAGAAACAAAAGAUCAGAGAAGCUUGCAAUAAUGAUCUGAAAAUGGACUGCUGUGUGGAGAGCUCCCCAGGUAAAUUGCUUGUUUGUCGAGGUGAUAUCCGCGAGGCUUGGCUUGGGAUCAUAGAUGCGGAAAAAUGUACAAAGGACACCCUCAAUAUUGUAUUGGAUUCUCAAAUUGUGUGCAUGACGACGGCGUGCUCAGAUAUUGUGCUUUUGGGAACGUUAUCGUGGUAUUUGUAUGCCUACAGUAUUAGAUCUGAGGAUGAACUUUGGUGCCUGAGAUUGCAUGAUACUCCCCUCAGUUUAGCAUUCCAUGUGAAGAGUAGAAACUUAUAUGCAGGCCUGGCUAAUGGUACCCUUGCUGUCAUAGAGAGUAUAUCAGACACAACACCUAUGGAUGACUUCUACCAUUCUGUAGGUGCGAGUCCAGUGAAAGCUGUGCUGUACCUGGAAGGGAUGCAGCAGAUCUGGUGUGGAUGUGGCAACUCCGUCAGCAUCCUCAACAACAAUUUAGACUUGAUGGAGAAUUUUGAAGUAUCAAAGAAUCCUGGAGUACACAUCAACAACAUGGUGGUGGAUGUGCAUGGUGUGUGGAUCACUAUUCGCAACUCUUCUGCAUUUGGCCUGUGGGACGUGAAGACUUUGACGUGCAUUAUGGUCUUUGACACAGCAAUGGAUUACAUGUGGACGCUAGCAUCUCAAAAGAUGCGAGAAUUGACAGCACCAAGGGUAACAGCACUUUUGCCAUAUCACGAUACUGUGUGGGUUGGAACAGCAGAUGGUCACCUUAUCAUCUACAACAUCCAUGAGAUUGAUCCACUGUCUGUUCUCGAGGGUAUGGUGGACUCCCGUGAUUGUUUCAAAUCAGAAGGCUCCGAAGGAUUUCUAUCAGAGGAGGAUCAUCUUGACGAUAGCGUCAGUACUAAGGCUGUUGAUGUCAAUGAUGAUGGCCUGCAAGCCAAAGCAGAUAUGAAAAGACUAGAGGUGCAUGUUGAUCCACACGGAUUUGAAACCAGUAUUGAUAGCAGAGGCUUUGACGCUAGUCUUGAUACUAGAGGCUUUGAAACCAGUAUCGACACAAGAGGCUUUGAAACUAGCUUUGACAGCAGGGGAUUUGAUACAAGCAUUGAUAGCAGAGGGCUUGAAGAAAGCUUGGACAGUAGAGGAUAUGAAGCAAGUAUGGAAAGUGUCAUGACAAUGGAUGGAUUCAGGUAUGAACCAAGGAGGCAGUUGUUUGAUAUAGGAGAAGAAUCUAGCUCGGAACAAACUUCAGAUUCACGUCAAGAUGUCACUGAUGCCUUCUCAGAAAACAGAAACAGUGUUGUUAUUGGUGUUAGAAAAGAAAAUUUAAUAAUCAACAAGGAAAAUGAAAUUACAGAUCCAGCAAUUGAGAAAGAUCUAGACACCAGUGAAUCUAAUUCUGAUGGCAAUAUUCACCCAGAUAAUCUUCUGACCGCUAUUGAAGACUGUGAUCAUAUCAUUGAAGAGUGCCAUCACCUAAAGAAAAACUGUACUCAUGUGAAUGAAGAUUGCCAUCAAAUGGAGGAAGAUCAUGAUCACAUGAAAGAAGAUCAUCAGGGCAUAAUCGUAAACCUCUAUGACCUUGCAGCAUCAAUGGUCGCUAAUAAUCCAGUUGUACCAGAAUAUCCUUGUCCAGAAAAUAGAUCCUUAACAGAAUCAGACAUUACUACUAGUGACAUCUCACGUAUACCUGGACAAAGAGAUUCUGGUAAUGUAAGUGCAUUCUCAGGUGACCAAAAGCAAAGCGAUGUGGAAUCUGAUAGUGCAAGAAUCUCUGCCGCUCACAGUAAAGAAAGCUGUUUUGAGUCCGUUUCAGAGUCUGCAUCAGUAACAUCUUCUGUGACGGACAUUACACCUGUUGUACUUUCAGUUGAUAUUGGUGGUAGCAGUGACUUAGAUAGUCUUUCACAGGCUACCUCAGGUUUGAGUUUAGAUGGCAGACUUCCAAUCUUUCAUCUUCCAGUAGAACAGGUCCACAAACAGACAUUUGAAAAAGAAGUUCAGACAGAAGGAACAUUGGAUAAGACAUAUCCAACAGAAUUUGAGAAUCCUUUAGAAUCAAGUAUUGAAACAAAUGGCACUCUAUGUGCAUCUGGUGAAUUCCUUGCAAGCGAAGAAUUUACAAUUAGCGGAGAUUUCACCUCCAGUGUGACAUUGAGGUCAGGUGCUAAGGUCUUUAGACGGUCAUCAUUUAUUCGGGCACCAUCCAAUAAGAGUUCUGCCGUCUCAGGUGGCAGUAACAGUGACUCAAAAGAUGGACAUUCUGGUAUUUCCACUAGUGUCAGCGAUGUUGAUAAACAAAGCUUAGCAAGUGUCGAUAGUGAAGGGGACUUUGUGAUUGUGCCACAGUCUUCAGUUGAGUUAAAAGUAGAAGAAUCUCAGUACACCAAUAAAUAUCGCAAUGGUCGCAAGCAACAGAACAGGAGAGGAAAAAUCAAAGCCAAGAUGGUAUCAAGUCCACAAACUGUUAGGAAGCUUCUUCACUCCAGUUCAAAACGAACAAGAAAACAUUCAGUGAAGGUUAAAAAGUCUGAAGAGGAAGGCAGCGGAUCAGAUGUUUCAAAACCAAUGGAAAAAGUUCAAAACAUGAUUGGAAAAAUCAGCAAGCUGAAACGUGGUGCCACAAGAAAGUCAAGGAAGUAUCGAUUGAGCCAGGUGUUGGUUGAAGACGCUCCUGUCGAGAACAUGCGCAUUUCAACCAUUACACCAGUACCAGAGGAUCCAGAAGACAACAAAGAAACCAAGAAAGUUCAGAGGAAGUCUGUGAUGUCUAUGCUUUUGCAAGGGGAGCUGCCACCAAGCUUUGCAUUCUCUGAAAUUGUAGUCCAACCAAGAUUUGACCUAGAAGUACAAGUCCAGCACAAGAUAUCAGAAUGUCCAGUCAGAUGCCUCGUACAGUCAAGUAUAAGUGGAACACAGGAUGCAGCUGUGGUAAGCUGUGCUGGAUAUUUUGGAGAUGAUGAAGCUGCCUUGAGAUGGACAUGUCAUGCUAGAGAGAAUGUUUGGAUACAAGUACCUAUUGAGCCUAUCGUAUGAAUAGCCGUGAUCUCAGACCCAACAGCAAUAUCCAAGACAGAGUCCUAAUUAUAUUGAGACGACUCAUUAUGUGAGGGUUAUUUGAUUUUACUUGUACCAAAGAUUAAUUAAUUUAAAUAAUAGUACAAAGCAUUUGUCCUGUGUAUGUAUUCACCUCAAGAGAAAAGUCAUUUAAAAAUAUUUAGUAUUAUUAUAAUGAAAUUAAAUAUGAUAUAAAAGAGUAUAUAUACAAUAAUCAAGUGUUAUCAAAAAGAUUGUACCAGCAAUAUGUGCAUGUGAAAUAGAUUUAUAAUUAAGAAACUGUGUAAUUAUUUAUAAAUAAAUGUAUAGGCUACAAUGAAUUUCAUUGGUUGAUACUUAAUGAAUAUUCAUUUGUUCAACAGUUUUACACAAAUGGAAACUUGAGAAUGAAUUUCAUUGGUUGAUACUUCAUGAAUAUUCAUUUGUUCAACAGUUUUACACAAAUGGGAAACUAGGUAGUUAUAUUUGUAUAAAUGUUCUUGCCACGUAUAUUUGUUCUUAUAAUUAUUAUAUUUAUUUUUGUUUUAUGUAUUAGGAUACUUUAAUAUAAAUAUCUUAGUUAAUAAUCAAGAAAAAUAAUAUUAUACAUGAUAGAGGUGCUUGUAUUUUUAUGCCAUUAAAACUGAAUGUUUGUAUGAUUGAUUGAUUGAUUGAUAGUAAUGAUGACAUCUAGCUAAUUAUUUGCACCAUUAAUGUGAUGAUGUUUACAGUAUUGAGUUGAGACAUUUAGAUUGCAUCCUCCAUUGGUCGCUACCUCAAAUGUGAAAUGUAAUAUUCAAAUUAAUUUAAAUUAAUACAUGAUUAAAAUUCAACAUUCUCAUCAUGGUUUGCUUUGUUGGUGAUAAAACCCCAUGUGUUACCAUACUGUAGACUGUUUUCAGAGAUUGUUAAUUUUGUUAUGUAUAUCCUCAUAUGUUCUAUGAUGUCCUCAUACUGUAGAUAGAAUUAUUUUAAUACCAGGCCAGUAACCAGGAUUUUCUUGGGGUGUGUUAUCUGAAAAAGAAACAUAAGGGAUGGGGAUUAGGCUACUUAUGAGACCAUGGCACCGUAGUGUGCCUAACAUGUAAAUGGUGAAUUUUAUCAUAUUCAUCAGAAUGGGUUUGACCUUAAACCUGGAAGGCGUUCUGGU